GCCUGAGCCGCGUCGUUCGCCGUCGAUCGAGGUUGCCUCAGACCCUCAGCACCUUCGAGUUAUUCCCCCAUGCUAUUAUGUCGAACCCUCCUGCCUGGACAACUCUCGAUGUUUACCGCGAGCUUCCCGUGAUCAAGGGCCAAAAACUCAAGCUCAGCAGCAAGACGCCCUACACCCCCUCCUACGUCAAGUCCAACCUCUCUGGCGACAACGACCCCGACGCGAUAUACAAUGACCGCGUCUACGGUCGCACGCUCAUGCUGGAGAAUCCUGCGCGCACGAGCAGGCUCGUGCAGGAGCGCAAGGCGCGCGAGCAGAAGCACCGAGAGCUACGAUUGAAGAAGACGGCGAUCGGGAAUGUGAUGAGCAGGAAGGAAACGCGCGAGUACGGGCUUUGGGAGCUCACCAAGGAGCAGUCGAGAUUCGAACUUUUCCUGCCCUUGCACCAUCUAUGGAUGGGCUACAUGUCCGAACUCAUGGAACUCGCGCAACCGAAUACCGAUAAGCGACCCGAGGACUGCAUGCCAGGGUCUGCAGGCAUGCACGCGAAACUCGUGAAGGCGGACUUGCAUGGGUCAAUCUUGACUGUCAAGCAAAGCAAGAACGCUGACCUGGUCGGCCUUGGCGGGAUCGUGAUCCUCGAGACCGAGAACGCCUUCCGUGUCGUGACGAGGAAGAACAAGGUCAAACUCAUACCCAAAGAGAACACUAUCUUCAGCCUUGCCCUGCCCCUCUUCUCCACCCUGCCGCCCGCGCACACAGCGGAGACGAUGUACACGGUCUCCGCCGAAGCGACCCAGCCGGCGCAGACCGUCUUGGAUUCGCCCUAUAUCGAGUUCGAGCUGUACGGGAAUCAGUUCAGGUUUCGAUCCGCUGAUCGUGCUACGAGGAAAUUCAAGAAUAAAAUGACGAUUGAACUUUGAGCUC